AUGGAAGGUGCAAAACAAGGCAUUGUUGUGGCUGGUGGUCAAGGAUAUGGAAAUGGUUUUGGGCAAUCGUCGUAUCCAAAAGGAGUCGUUGUCGAUCAAUUGGGGACUGUCUAUGUGGCUGAUUAUUUUAAUCGAAUCAUGCGUUGGCCCAAAGGAGCCACACAGGGAAGUGUCAUUGUUGGCGGAAAUGGUAUAGGAGAACAAUCAAAUCAACUCACUUGGCCCUACGGUUUGUCAUUCGAUCGGCAAGGCAAUCUUUAUGUCGCCGAUCACGCAAAUCAUAGAGUACAAAAAUUUAAUAUCGAAUAA